UGCAUACUUUAGUACUGUUAUCUCCAUCCGCUGUAUAUUUAUCUAUUUUUGCAACUUUCUCUGUUCCUUCUCUGGAGGUGUCAAUCCAGUCGCACCUGUUUCUUUCUGCCCAUCAUUUCUGGUACCUUUUCUUCUCUCCUGCCGGCUACCACAAACAACGGAUAGAUGAAGAUCCAGUGUGAUGUCUGUGACAAAGACGAGGCCUCGGUGUUCUGCACCGCCGACGAGGCAGCUCUCUGCAACGCCUGCGACCACCGCGUCCACCAUGCCAACAAGCUCGCCUCCAAGCAUCAACGCUUCUCGCUUCUCCAUCCUUCUUCCAAACAAGUCCCACUCUGCGACGUUUGCCAGGAGAGGCGAGCUUUCCUGUUCUGUCAGCAGGACAGAGCGAUUCUGUGCAGAGAGUGUGAUUUUCCGAUUCACACGGCCAACGACCUCACCCAGAAGCAUAACAGGUUCCUUCUCACAGGCGUUAAGCUCUCUGCUACCUCUAAUGUCUAUACCUCCUCCUCCUCAACCACCGUUGCUUCAACCAACAGUUAUGAUUCUGUUCCCAAUCAUCACAAAUCUCAGCCUGUGAAUACCAACAACUCCGUUGCUGCUCCUAUUUCAACUUCACAGCCACCUUUGCUGGCCAAAAACUCAGCUUCAAAUACAAGUACUACAGCAUUAGUCAGUGACAAAGGAGGUGAGAAUUUUCCAACGGACCAAACAAGUAGCAUAUCUGAAUACUUGAUAGAGACUCUUCCGGGCUGGCACGUUGAGGAUUUUCUUGAUUCGACUUCUGCUCCCUUUGGUUUCUGUAAGAGUGAUGAUUGUGUAUUGCCGUUUCUGGAUGCUGGUCUUGAUCAGAGCAAUACAGAUACUUUCUCGCCCGAUAUCAGUUUUGGAAUCUGGGUCCCUCAACAACCUGCUGCUCUGUGUCCUCCGCAACUGGCUGGGCUCAACGAGAAGAAGGAAGCCACGAAUUUGAAACUCAACAGAUCAAGGUGCAUGGACGAUGGUUUCACUGUUCCACAAAUUAGCCCUCCCUCCAGUACUUGCCCCAAGAGAUCCAGACUUUUUUGGUAGAAUGAAAGCGCCUCCAAAUCUCGUCAAGGCUCGUGUUCAUAUUUUCCUGAUUUGGCUUGAAUGUUGUAUGUUUUCUUUUCUUCAUUUCUGUUCCUUUUUUUACGUUUUAUCUUCUUUUUCCGCUUCUUGAAUGUGCUAUUGUAACCCAGCGCAGGCUAAGUUUUCGUAGUUUCGUCUGUUGUCCUCCUUGUACUUUUGCAGAUGCAUGCAUCAUUUGAACAUAUCAACAAUGCAAUUUCCGGAACUUUUCGCU